AUGGCGACCCCGCACUCCUUCGACCACCUCGCUGAUGCGACGACGGGGGUCCCCUGCUGGCCCCAGAUCCCCUUCACUCUAGACAUGCCAGACUCCUCCUCCCCGCGCGACGGCGCCGCAAGGCAGAUCGUCGACUCCCUCCUCGUCCGCUUCCUCUCGCUCACCCGCCGCCGCAUCGAAAUCGCCCAGGCCCAGGAUGGACAAUACCUACGGCCAUCUGACCCAAGCUACGAGCAAGUACUUGAUUCACUUGCCAUGGUUGCAAGGCACACACCUCUACCUCUUCUCGAAGCUCUUCUUCGGUGGAGAGAAAGUGAAUCACCAAAAGGUGCCCAUGAUGCCUCAACAUACCAAAAGAAGCUUGCUGUCGAGUGCAUAUUCAGCUCAGCCUGCAUUCGAUUUGCUGAGUAUUGCCCACAGGAGGGAAUCACAGAGAAACUUUGGAAUGGCUUGGAAAGUUUCGUAUUCGAUUGGCUAAUUAAUGCAGACAGGGUUGUUAGCCAAGUAGACUAUCCUUCAUUGGUUGAUCUGCGAGGUCUCCUUUUAGAUCAUGUUGCUCAACUUUUAGGAGCUUUAUCACGUAUCAGGUUUAGUUCUGUGACCGAGAGGUUUUUUAUUGAGCUUAAUAAUCGCCGUGUUGAUACUCCUGUUGCUAGAAGUGAGACACUCAACAUUAUUAAUGGGAUGCGCUACCUCAAACUGGGGGUGAAGACGGAGGGUGGGCUGAAUGCUUCGGUAUCCUUCAUCGCAAAAGCAAAUCCUCUAAAUCGACCUCCAAACAAGAGAAAGAGUGAACUGCAACAUGCUUUGUGCAACAUGCUCUCAAGUAUACUGGCCCCACUUGCCGAGGGAGGCAAAAAUCAUUGGCCUCCACUAGGUGUGGAACCUGCAUUGUCACUUUGGUAUGAUGCUGUUACUCGAAUAAGAGGGCAGCUCAUGUAUUGGAUGGAUAAGCAGAGCAAGCAUAUUGCUGUUGGAUUUCCACUGGUCACUCUUUUUCUUUGCCUUGGUGAUUCCCAGACGUUCAACAUUAACUUCUCUCAGCAUUUGGAGAUCCUGUAUAAGUAUCUUAAGGAUAAGAAUCAUCGAUCAAUGGCACUAGAUUGUCUACACCGGCUGGUAAAAUUUUAUGUAAACGUUUAUGCAGAUUAUCAGCCCAGAAAUCAAGUUUGGGACUAUUUAGACAGUGUGACCUCUCAAUUGCUGACCGUGUUGAAGAAAGGGUUACUGACUCAAGAUGUCCAGCAUGAUAAACUUGUUGAGUUUUGUGUGACCUUGGCUGAGAGCAACCUGGAUUUUGCAAUGAACCAUAUGAUACUUGAACUGUUGAAACCAGAUAGUCUUAGUGAAGCAAAGGUUGUUGGCCUUAGGGCUUUGCUUGAGAUUGUUGUUUCUCCAUCAAAUCAACAAAUUGGCCUGGAUGUUUUCCAAGUGUAUGGUAUUGGCCACUAUGUUCCAAAAGUCAAGUCAGCCAUCGAGUCAAUAUUAAGGUCUUGUAGCAAGGCUUAUAGCCUAGCCCUUCUUACAUCAUCGAAAUCUACAAUUGAUAACGUAACAAAGGAUAAAUCUCAGGGAUCACUCUUCAGAUCUGUGCUUAAAUGUAUACCAUACUUGAUAGAAGAGGUGGGGCGUAAUGAUAGAAUGACUGAGAUUAUACCUCAACAUGUAACGAGUAUUGACCCUGUUGUCCGUGAAGAAGCCGUGCUAGUUUUGAACAGGAUCGUACGAUUUCUACCUGAUCGUCGGUUUGCUGUGCUGAAAGGAAUGGCUACUUUUAUCCUGAAACUCCCCGAUGAGUUCCCUAUUUUGAUUCUCAAUUCACUGGGACGCCUAGUAGAGCUUAUGCGGUUGUGGAGAGCUUGCCUCUCUGAGGAACUUCUGGCAAAAGAUAUGCAAAGUUUUAGACGUUCUAGUCUUGGAGGCGAUAUGCUACAGAAAUCAUCUCCUUUUCAUAGGUCCAAAGAUAUAUCUGAAUUCCGUGCCUCGGAAAUGGAUGCGGUUGGUCUUGUCUUUCUCAGCUCUGCUGAUGUUCAAAUACGGCUUACAGCUCUGGAGUUAUUGCGAUGUGUUCGAUCUCUAAAGAAUGAUCUGAGAGAUUACUCAGCAAAUGAAGGCGACACUAAACUGAGACUUGAACCAGAACCAAUAUUUAUCAUUGACAUCAUAGAGGAAAAUGGGGAAGACAUUGUUCAGAGCUGUUAUUGGGAUCCAGGGCGACCUUAUGAUCUUAGACGUGAGAUGGAUCCCAUCCCUUCUGAUGUGACACUUCAAUCCAUCUUGGAGAGUGCUGAUAAAAGUAGAUGGGCCCGCUACCUGAGUGAAAUUGUGAAAUAUGCGGCUGAACUUUGUCCUGCCUCUGUGCAUGUUGCAAGAUUAGAAGUUGUUAGGAGACUUGAUCAAAUCACUCCCUCCGAGCUAGGUGGAAAGUCUCAGCAAUUACAAGAUUCUGAGGCCAAGCUUGACCAGUGGUUGAUAUAUGCAACAUUUGCAUGCUCUUGCCCACCUGAUAACAAAGAAUUUGUCCCCAAAGCAGCGAGAGACAUCUUCCAUACAAUUUUCCCAUCGCUGCGCCAUGGUUCAGAAGGAUAUGCACUUGCUGCUACGGCUGCACUUGGGCACUCACAUCUAGAAGUAUGUGAAAUCAUGUUUGGUGAACUUGCAUUUUUUCUUGAGGAUGUUUCAUCAGAAACUGAAGGAAAAUCAAAAUGGAAGAAUCCUAGGUCCCGCCGUGAGGAUCUGCGCACUCAUGUUGCAAACAUACAUCGAAUGAUAGCUGAAAAGAUUUGGCCUGGGAUGCUUAUUCGGAAGCCUGUUCUCCGUUUACAUUUUCUAAAGUUUAUUGAAGAAACAUACCGCCAAAUCAACAUGUCAUCAUCUGAUGGCUUUCAGGAUGUACAGCCUCUCCGAUAUGCAUUAGCAUCUGUCAUAAGAUAUCUAGCUCCUGAGUUUGUUGAUGCAAGGUCUGAGAGGUUUGACAACAGAAUACGUAAGAAACUUUUCGAUCUUCUCCUUAACUGGAGUGAUGAAUCUGGCAGCUCAUGGGGGCAGGAAGGCGGCACUGAUUAUCGCCGUGAACUUGAGCGAUAUAAAGCCACUCAACAUAAUAGGUCAAGGGAAUCACUCGACAAGCUUGCAUUUGACAGGGAAAUGGCUGAGCAGUUGGAAGCCAUCAAUUGGGCUUCCAUGCAUGCUAUUGCUUCUUUGCUUUAUGGUCCUUGUUUUGAUGAUAAUGCUAGAAAGAUGUCAGGUCGUGUAAUAUUGUGGAUCAAUAGUUUGUUCAGGGAACCAGCUCUGAGAGCACCUUUUGGGCAUUCACCAGUAGAUCCUCGAACACCAUCAUACUCGAAGCAUACCGAUGGAGGACGCUUUGGUGGGAAGGACAAGCAAAAGGCUAGUCAGUUUCGAGUUCUCUUAGCAAAAACUGCGUUGAAGAAUAUUUUGCAGACAAAUUUGGAUUUGUUCCCUGCUUGCAUAGACCAGUGCUACUCUCCAGACGCUGCAAUAGCGGAUGGGUAUUUCAGUGUUCUGGCUGAAGUUUACAUGCGUCAAGAAAUUCCAAAAUGUGAGAUCCAGAGACUUUUGAGCUUGAUCCUCUACAAGGUGGUCGAUCAAACAAAACUGAUCCGUGACAGUGCCCUCCAGAUGCUGGAGACACUCUCUCUCCGUGAAUGGGCUGAAGAUGAUGCUGAUGGCAUUGGACAUUAUCGGGCAUCUGUUGUUGGCAACCUUCCAGACUCCUACCAACAAUUCCAGUACAAGCUGUCCUCAAAGCUCGCCAAGGACCAUCCUGAACUCAGUGAGCAUCUAUGCGGGGAAAUUAUGCAGCGCCAGCUUGACGCAGUGGACAUCAUAGCACAGCAUCAGGUCCUCACAUGCAUGGCUCCUUGGAUAGAAAAUCUCAACUUUGUGAGAUUAAAGGAGUCUGGGUGGAGUGAGAGAUUGCUGAAAAGUCUUUAUUACGUGACAUGGAAGCAUGGUGAUCAGUUUCCUGAUGAGAUUGAGAAACUAUGGAGCACCGUUGCAAGCAAUACUCGCAAUAUUAUCCCCGUGCUUAACUUCUUGAUUACCAGAGGGAUAGAGGACUGCGAUGCCAAUCCAUCAGCAGAGAUCACUGGUGCAUUUGCUACGUACUUCUCAGUUGCCAAGCGUGUCAGUCUAUACCUAGCUCGAAUUUGCCCACAGCAGACCAUUGAUCAUUUGGUCUGUGAGUUAUCUCAGAGAAUGCUUGAAGAGAACGAGGAACCAAUCAGGCCUGGGAAGUUUGAUGCUUCUGCAAAUGUUGUGUUGGAGUUCUCUCAAGGACCUACUACCUCUCAGAUAUCAUCAGUAAUUGAUAGCCAGCCUCACAUGUCCCCUCUGCUUGUCCGUGGUUCUCUUGAUGGCGCAAUCAGGAAUGUCAGCGGAAACUUGAGCUGGCGGACAUCGACAGUCACUGGACGAAGUGUGUCUGGCCCAUUGAGCCCAUUGGCCCCAGAGGUGACCAACAUCCCAAACCCCACUACAGGCCGGUCAGGCCAGCUCCUUCCAGCCUUAAUGAACAUGUCAGGGCCGUUGAUGGGUGUCCGAAGCUCGGCUGGUCAUCUGAGGAGCCGUCAUGUUUCCAGGGAUAGUGGUGACUACUAUUUUGACACCCCAAAUUCAAACGAUGAAUUUCUGCAUCAGGGGGGCAGUGGAAUUCAUGGGAUUAAUGCUAAUGAGCUCCAAUCUGCAUUACAGGGGCACCAGCACUUGCUUUCACGUGCCGACAUUGCUUUGAUUCUCCUUGCUGAAAUUGCUUAUGAAAAUGAUGAGGACUUCCGUGAAAAUUUGCCUCUGUUGUUCCAUGUCACGUGUGUUUCAAUGGAUAGCUCGGAGGACAUUGUGCUUGAGCAUUGCCAGGAUUUGCUCGUGAAUCUCCUCUACUCGCUUGCUGGCCGGCAUCUUGAACUGUAUGAGGUUGAGAGCAGUGAAAGGGAGAAUAAGCAGCAUGUGGUGAGCUUGAUAAAAUACAUCCAGUCUAAAAGAGGCAGCCUGAUGUGGGAGAACGAGGAUCCUACCCUUGUCCGGACUGAACUUCCUAGCACUUCACUCUUGUCAGCACUCGUACAAAGCAUGGUCAGUGCAAUUUUCUUCCAGGGGGAUCUUCGUGAGACUUGGGGUGCUGAAGCACUUAAGUGGGCCAUGGAGUGCACAUCCCGUCACCUGGCCUGCCGAUCGCACCAGAUAUAUCGUGCUUUACGUCCUAGUGUCAAGAGUGAUAGCUGCGUGUUGCUUCUGAGGUGUGUCCACAGAUGUUUGGGUAACCCUGUCCCUUCUGUUCUGGGGUUUGCAAUGGAGAAUUUGUUAACACUUCAAGUCAUGGUUGAGAACAUGGAGCCGGAGAAGGUGAUACUUUACCCGCAGCUCUUCUGGGGCUGUGUUGCGCUGAUGCAUACCGACUUUGUCCACAUUUACUGCCAAGUGCUUGAAUUGUUCUGUAGGGUGAUUGAUCGCUUGACCUUCCGUGACCGGACAACUGAGAAUGUGUUGCUCUCCAGCAUGCCCCGUGAUGAAUUCGACGUCAAUGGGUAUAUAAGCGACCUCCACAGGCUGGAGUCGAGGACUACCUCAGAGAGGCUGCUGUCUGUCACUGAGACUGGAAAGGUCCCUGAUUUUGAAGGCGUGCAGCCGCUGGUACUGAAAGGGCUCAUGUCUAGCGCCAGCCAUGGGUCUGCAAUCGAGGUGCUAUCUAGGAUCACGAUACCCACAUGUGAUUCUAUAUUUGGGAAUCCCGAGACAAGGCUGCUGAUGCACAUCACAGGUCUGCUCCCAUGGCUCGGGUUGCAGCUCACCAAGGACGUAUCUUCCCUCGGGUCAGCUUCGCCUCUACAAGAACAGAACCAGAAGGCCUACUAUGUGGCAUCCAAUAUCUCAGGAUGGUGCCGUGUGAAAUCUCUUCAUGUCCUAGCCGAGGUCUUCAGAGCAUACUCUUACGGGGAAAUCAUCUCGCUGGAAGACCUCUUCGCGCGCGCCUCGCCGCCGAUCUGCGCCGAGUGGUUCCCGAAGCACUCGUCCCUGGCCUUUGGGCACCUCCUCAGGCUCCUGGAGAGGGGCCCUCUGGACUACCAGCGGGUGGUGCUCCUGAUGCUCAAGUCGCUGCUGCAGCAGACCCCCGUGGACCCGUCCCAGAUCCCCCAGGUGUACAACGUGGUGUCGCAGCUGGUGGAGAGCGCGCUGUGCGCGGAGGCGCUCAACGUGCUGGAGGCGCUGCUGCGGAGCUGCGGCGGCGGCGGCACGGCCGGCAGCGACGACAGCCUGGGGCUGUCGGGCGAGAACGGUGGCGGCCAUGGGGGGAUGAUGACGGGUGAGAAGGUGCUGGAGAGGAUGCUGCUUCCCCAGUCGUCGUUCAAGGCCCGGAGCGGGCCGCUCCAGUACGCCGCCGGGUCGGGGUUCGGGUCCAUGAUGGCGGCCCAGGGCGUCGCCGCCCCCGUGGACACCGGGCUGGUCACGCGCGACGUGGCGCUGCAGAACACCCGGCUGCUGCUCGGGCGCGUCCUCGACACCUGCGCCCUCGGCCGCAAGCGGGACCACAAGCGCCUGGUGCCGUUCGUGGCCAACAUCGGGUAG